UCCGCCAUAUUUGAGAAAAAGAACGAAAAUGAUCGAAGACUCAAAACAAAGUAGAUUCUUUCGACUUUUGUAAACACGUGAUAAUUACAAAUCAGGGAAUUAAGAUUUUGUCAGUAAAGCCCUAAAGUUGUAGUCAUGUCAUUAGAACAAACUAAAAGCUAUCCAGGGAUCACAUCCCCGAUUAGUUUGGAGGGACCAAAACCACUGGACCUGAAACUCUCUGAAAAGCUAGAGGAAGCCAUGAGACCACACGGAGUGUUUGAGAGUGAGGCAGAAAUGUCUCAUAGAAUGGAAGUAUUACACAAAAUCAAUACACUGGUCCGAGAUUGGAUUAAGGACGUCAGCAGACAAAAGAAUAAUUAUCCAGAAGACAAAAUUGAUGCUUUUGGUGGCAAGGUGUGCACAUUUGGUUCUUACAGACUUGGAGUUCAUACAAAAGGUGCUGAUAUAGAUACUUUGUGUGUUGCGCCAAGACAUGUUGAAAGGACAGACUUUUUCACCUCAUUCUUUGAAAUUUUGAAGAAUACCCCAGAAGUCAAAGACUUGAGAGCGGUAGAAGAGGCCUUUGUCCCAGUCAUUAAGAUGACUUUUGAUGGCAUUGAGCUUGACAUGUUGUUUGCCAGGCUUGCUCUGCCACAGAUUCCAGAGGACAUUGAUCUUAGAGACGAAAGUAUGCUCAAAAACCUCAAUGAAAAAUGUGUCCGAAGUCUGAACGGGUGUAGAGUAACUGAUGAGAUAUUGCAUCUUGUACCAAACAAGCACAGCUUUAGAAUGGCACUGAGAGCGGUAAAGCUUUGGGCUAAAAAGAAGGGUAUAUACUCCAAUGCUGUGGGAUUCUUGGGUGGUGUCUCCUGGGCCAUGCUGGUGGCCCGAGUCUGUCAGCUGUACCCUAAUGCAGCUCCCGCUACUCUACUGCACAAAUUCUUCAUGAUCAUCCAUAAAUGGGAAUGGCCUCAGCCUGUGUUAUUAAAACCCCUACAGCAUGAGAACAAAUACAAUCUCUCAUUUCCUGUUUGGGACCCCAGAGUAAACACGUCAGACAGAUUUCAUCUGAUGCCCAUCAUCACCCCCGCCUACCCCCAACAGAACUCCACCUUUAAUGUCACCCUUUCCACACGCAGUAUCAUGACAGAGGAGCUCAAAGGCGGGCUAGAGAUUGUUAGUAAAAUUUAUGAGAAUAAAGAUGGCUGGAGCACACUUUUUGAGCCCUCCAACUUUUUCCAGAAGUACAAACACUAUAUAGUUUUAACAGCAAGUGCUCUGGAGGAGGAGCACUAUUUAGAGUGGAAUGGCUAUGUGGAAUCAAAAAUCCGAUUACUGGUGGGGAAUCUAGAGAGGAACCCAUGUAUAAAACUGGCACACGUAAACCCCUCCCCACUAGGUCCACUAAAUGAGAGUGAUGGAAAACACUUAUGCAGAUGGUUCAUUGGACUGACCUUUGUAAAAAUUGAGAAUCAGAACCAGAAUGUCGACUUGACCUUUGACAUACAGUCUUUUACAAACACAGUUCAUAAACAUGCAUACCAUAUCAAACUCAUGAAAGACGGAAUGAAAGUAGAAAUCAAACAUGUAAAAAGGAAGCAAUUGGAUCUCUAUGUACCACAGAAAAUAUUACUACAGUGUAAAAGGGCAGCUGCAGCACAGGAACACAGGAGUAGUAUUGGCAGUGCCUCUAAAUCAGAAUCGGGUCUAACUCUUCAUCAUAGUAGGUCCGACACGGAACUGGUCCGGAGUAACUCCAUGUCUGUGGAUCUGUCAGAGGACCUAAGUCAGGACCCAGAAUCCAGCCAGGAUGUAGGUCACGACCCAGAGUCCAGCCGGGACAUAGGUCACGACCCGGAAUCCAGCCGGGACUCAGAGAAGUCCUCCAACUGUUCAUCAUCCACCAGUAAAGAGGCCAUCAAUGGGGAUAUACGCAAGGUUGUAUCAAACUCCCCUGUUCCCUCAGACAGCUCUAUGCAGAGCCCUAAUUCUAAACGGGAAGCCAGUCCCACAGGAAGCGAGAGUCCAGUCAAAAGGUCAAGGUCGCAGGAUGAGCAGAAUGUCUUGGGUUCACCAAUGCACAUAGACAACUCCGCUCUUAGUCCGUGUAGGAAAAGGGAAGGGUCACCCAUCAGGCCACACUGUCAGGUCAAGCGGUCAAAAUCAGAGGAGGACACCUGUCAGACUGCCGUAGAAUCUCCCAUGCACGUUGAUGAAAUCACACCCCUGAAACAGGACGAAGGCUCAGAAGUUAAAACUACCAAAAUGGUGUCAAAUCAGCAUGUGAAGAGACUACCUAGUGCAGAUGUCCCGGACUUAAUGAGUCCGCAGACCAAUCAGAACUUACCCGUGCAGGUGAUACCAAAUAAAAACAUCCGUCUCAAGCUGAAAUGAUUAAGUGACAACAGACAGGGGGCUAAGUUCCAGUGGCUGUAAGAUUGGUCAGUUGUAAAGGAACUGAUAAAGGUCGUAAUAGUGCUAUCCGUUGAUUUCAUUGUGAAACGAAAGUGCAUUGAAAAGAAUUAAUGAAACAGCUGAGUUGCCAACAAUAGUUACAGGUAUAUAAAGAGGAAAUAGGAACUCAGAGUGUCAGAGAAGAUAUAUUCUUCUGUUAAAAAGUGUGUUGUUGAUUUUGUAUGUCUUGUAUGUAACGAUAAAAUCAUUGUGAGUAUGUGUGAGUUGUUGUACAUUUCUGACAUUCAAUAAAAUCAUUUUGAAAGAAAAAACAGGGGUAUGAAAUCACUGUAAAGUAUUCAUUUAAUAAGGUGUGAUCCAGUUCAUUUUGUAUUUCAUGAUAGAUUAAAGAGAGAACAAAAAAUAGUUUUGAUAAAAAUCAUUUGUAUAUUUUGGCAUGCUGAACAGGUACAUGUACAUGUCAUAAGUUAAUCAGAUUCUAUGCUAUAAUAAGUGUGCAAGAUCCAUUUUUAUUUUCUUUAUGAGCCGGCUUCUUGUGUGUAUAUGCAUCAUCAAAUGAUAUUUUAUUUCAUAAAUGCCAAAGUCUCAUUUGGGUUUUCAUCAUUUUACCUCUUUUUGUACAUUUUCUCGUAUUUUCUCCUCUGGUGGGAUGGAGGAAGACCCAUAGAGUACACAUUUUUCAAAUUUCAGGGCAACAUGUAUUAUUUGAACUGGGUAUUUUGAUAUAGCUCAUGACAUUGGUUCAGCAUGUUUAUUUUGAAUUUCACUUAAUGGAUUAAGGUCAUUGUCAAGUUUGUUACCUCUGCUUUCACUCGUUAUUCCUCUCACUGUAAUAAUGAAACACUGUUACACAUACAGCUCUUUUGCAGGUUUUAGCUCAUCUCAAUGAAGUCAGUAUGAUUUAUGAUUAGUGUAAGGUUCAGUGUCCGCAUCAGAGUGCAAGAUUCCAGAGCAAGUUUAAGUAACUAUGAACCCUAUGUUGUCCAAACUUGUAUGAAUGCAUCUAGCUAUUUCUAGACUUUCUUCAGAUGCUGGAUCUACAUUUUAUCUGUGAUCCUAAUUUAGACCAAUCUUGCAUGGAUGAUGAUGCAUUUUGGGAUGCACACUUCCAUGCCUACUUUGGAUGCUGAAUUUGACCUAGAUUUUCCAGAAAUAUAUUUUGGAGCAUGUCCGUUACCAGAGAAUUAUAAUCUCUACCUGGACCAAGCUUGCAUUUAUUAUUUAUACAUCAUCUGUAGAUGCACACUACUACUCAUGCUUUGGAUGCUGGGUCUGAGCUAAGUUUUCCAGAUGAGUUACUAGGUCAAAGUUUUUAGAGCAGGUCCAUUAUGUAGUAAUUAUUAUAAGCUCUAAGUUGACCAAACCUUGUUGUAUGAUGCAGCUAAGGAUGUUCACUACUAACAUGCAUCAGAUGCUGGAUUUUGCCUAAUCUCAUAUGUGAAUUAAAAUUACAAAUGUGAUGCAGCUAGUGAUGCUCACUAGCAAGCUUGCUUAGAUUGUUGAAUCUGACCUACAUUAUCCAGUUGAAUGAGGGGGUAAGAAUUUUUGGAACAGGUCUCAUUUCUAAGUAGCUGUAAGCUUUAUCUUGGCCAAACUUGCAUGAAUGAUACAUCCAUAGAAGCACUCUACCAGACUUGCAUCUGGCCAAUACUUUUUUUAUGAAUGAAUAAUAAAAGUUUUUGUAACAAACCUAUUCCCAAUUAAUUAUAAUAAAUAAAUGUAUUUGUUGAGGCAAGCUUUAAAAUCUAUGUUGACCUAUUUUAAUAUUAAUGAGUUUUUGCAUGAAAAUGAAUUUAUGGAAAGAAGGACAUUUACCAUUAUGAGAUAUGCAUAAAAUAUUGAUUUGUAAGUCUAGAUAAGAUGCUAUUUGAGUGAUUCUCUAUGAUUUGAAUGAAUUGUUGCAGAAAAUCUUUUAUAUUGUAAUAAUUUCUUGACAAGUUGAAGUCACAUCAUCUUAAAGUUUACUUUUAUUGUCAUGAUGUCUCCCAUACCCAUGUUCAUAAUGUCUGAUGGGAAAUUGUACUAAACAUACUUUCAUUUCAGUCACCAUGCAUUCAUACAGUAUCAGUUUUGAAAAUGUCUGUGUAAAUAUUACAAAGCAUGUACAUAAAGUUCGUAAUGGCAUUUUAUCUUGGUUAUUUUUUGGGCCAGAUUUAAAAUGUAAAUACUUUGUAUAUGAUAGUAGAGACAAAUAAAAUAUUUUACAAAA